AUGCGCUCUCGCACACUCGAAACGGACCCCGAACCGCAGGACGCAAUGGCAGACCAUCCAGGGGUUCCUGUCCGCUUCGAAGAUGGCAGAUACCGCAGCGUCCGCACUCACGUCGAGGAGAGGGCGGACAGGGAUCUGUAUCGCGUCGACCGCAUCAUCAACCGCCUGUUUCUCGAAUUCAGCGACGCGACGAACCGCUUGUCGGUCAUGUAUGAGGUUGCCGACGAGAGCGGAAGUUCACUCUGCAUAGGAGUGCGCAAUAUCGAAGGCCAUCCAGGCGAGGUAUCAGUACUGGAGAACCAAACCUUUUCCCUCAAGGCAAGACAUGCCUAUCUGUCACACAACAAGUGUGUCUCUGUUCUGGAGGCCUUCGCCCCGACAGUGGCUUUCUUCACCGAAGGUUUGUGCCCGCCAUCACAUCCCGCGAGACCCAAAUUAAGGCUAACCUCUUCAGGUCUUACACCUUCGAUAGAAGCACACGAAGCCCAUAUCGAUCACGUCGAGCCCGACCAAGAGGUAGAGGUCGCCUACUGGCAGGAGGAAGGCUCGGGACCGGCUAUGCUCAGACUACCCGUCGCCGCUUGGCACUCCAUGUUCAGGAUCACACCGACCGACGAAUACAACCUCUGUCGACCAGAGAAGCCCGCCCGGUUGAACUGUACCGGAACGUACCUUGACCCCACAGCGGCUCAGUACGGUCGUGACCAGGGGCUCAGAGACGCAGGUGUCUAUCAUACCCUUAGCCCGGAAUCCAAGACACUAUCCUUCACGAGCCUCGGCUACCAUUACUACGAAUGCCAAUCGGAGGAGGAGAAGGAUGUUGGACGUACACCGAUUCGCGCUCUAGAAACGGAGGCAUACAUUCGGACAAUGGACAACGCCAUACACAAGGUCGUCGAGGAUGUCGGUGGCCGCGCAGAGCUCUUCGACAUGUCGCCUACAAACUUUGAAGCCAUAUUGGAGUUAAUGGCCACUCAAGCUCGGUCAGAUCUUCUCGAUGUUGCUGAGCAGCUAUAUUUCCUCGACUAUACUCGAACUCAAGACAUAGAAGAGGGAAGCUCUGGAGAUAUCAACAGGUAUCAGGCGGUCGCUGAUGGAUGCAUGGGCGCAGGCCACAGGAGGUUCCUGCGAGCCUUGAGAGAUCGAGUUCCUCGUUCGUGGAAGUGCGAGGACGACUUCUCGGGUUGUGUUUACGUGGUCGAAGGCAAGGACAGCGAAGGAUGA